ACGGAAAGAUAUUAUGAUAAUCUUAUUGACACGUAUGCAUCAUUUCAUUACCACCGAAAAUAUCAGUUACAAACGAAUGGCACCGACUCUUCUAUCUCCGGCCACCGUAAACCACCACCACCACCGACUGUCGAUUCUCACCGCCAUCACUCCUUUCGUUCCGUCGGUCCACUGCAGUUGUUCCACUAGUAGAAUCACAUCAUCACACUGUUGGUCUCCACUUCCGCCACGUAAUUUCAAACUACGCCGUCGCCGGUGCCGUGCUGCGAGUCCUCAUCCGCCGUCUCCGCCGGAGUCUGAACCGCCGCCCGGUGAUGAUCAGAGUUCGAGUUCUGGUUCAAUUGCAUCUUUGUCUAGAUUUCAAGAAAGUGUCCAGAUUUUCUGUGCUGUUUUUUUCUGGAUGUCUCUUUUCUUCUGGUCAUCUGUAUGGGAUGGAAAGAAUAAUGGAAGAUCCAAUAAGGGACCUAGAUUCUGGAAAUGAAUCGGUAAACAUGUUAGCUUGUGUGUAUAUAUUAUGGUAAAACUAGCUCGAUUGACAGUUAUAUAGCUAUGAAAAUAUCUUUUGUAAUAUGUGAUUUAAGCCGAUUUGUUUUGUUUUCUGAUCAUCUUGAUCUUGUUGCAUACAACUAUAUAUAAACUUGAUGGCUA